AUGGCGCCAACCAGUAGCACUGAGGAGGUGAAGCACCUGACGCUUCAUGACUUGCUGAAGCAGCGGCACCGGCUCAAGCCCGCCGUGGUGUGGAGAUGGCCGACGGUGGUGCAGAGCGCCGGGCGGCCGGUGCCGGACGAGCAGCUGGCGGUGGACGACGACGACGACGGGCUGGGCGGGACGUGGCCGCCGCGGUCCUACAGGUGCGCGUUCUGCCGCCGCGAGUUCCGGUCCGCGCAGGCGCUGGGCGGGCAUAUGAACGUGCACCGCCGCGACCGCGCCAAGAUGCGCGGCCACGGCCUGCACAGCGCCGGGCAGCAGCAGCAGCUGGCCGCCGCAGCAUCGCCGGCGGCGGAGGCGCCCGCGGCCGCCACGACGACCGAGUACGCCGUGCUGUACCCCAUACUGAACUCCAGCGCGGGCGGCGCGGCGGUGCUCAUACCCAGCGGGGACCUGCUGCUCUCCGCGCCCGUUGCGCUGGCGGCUGCCCGCCGUGACCAUGAUCACCGGUGCAAUGUAGGCGACGACGGCGAGAACGACAAGAAAAUUGACCUGGAGCUGCGGCUCGGGUGGCCGUGA